AUGGCGGAGAAGCGCAAGACAUCGCCACCCAUCUCGUACCGCGAAGCAGCGCUCGUCAAACGUCAACGUCACGACGACGACAACGACGGCAACACCCAGCAGCUCGCCAUUGCCUCCUCCGCAAACGGUCAGGACAAAGGUCUAGUCCGCUCCGUAAAACGCACCUCCUCGCUCUCACAUCCCAUUCUCGGCCUGACAGGAGCACAUACCUCCGAGAUUCUCGACGUCAAGUUCUCCCGGGAUGGCUCUCGCAUCGCCGCAGCUUCGGCGGACCGCACCAUCUCGAUCUGGAGCGUCUACGGCGAGUGUGCCAACAUUGGUCAGCUCAAAGGGCACUCCAAAGCGGUCACCUGUCUCGCCUUUAGCUACAACAUUGGCGAUGCGCUCUAUUCGGGCUCAGCGGACGGAACAAUCAUCGUGUGGAGCACAACCACCGGCGAGAAGCAGCGGAGGUUGAGGGGUCAUCGAGCCAUUGUCAACUGCGUCUCUUCCACGCGGGGUGGGCCCGAACUGCUCGUCUCCGCAUCCGACGAUGGUCGCGUCAUGAUCUGGGAUCCACAAUCGAAAGAGCCAAUAGACAUCCUCGAUGUCGGGUACCCCGUCACAGCCGUCGCCUUCUCAGAAGAUUCAAGCCAGCUCUACGUCGGAGGCAUCGACAAUCAGAUCCACAUCUACGAUCUUACCCGCAAGACCAUCGCCCUCACCCUACGCGGGCAUAUGGACACCAUCACCUCUCUCUCCCUCUCCCCUUCGGGGUCGCACAUCCUCAGCACAUCCUUCGACGACUCGGUUCGCAUCUGGGACGUCCGACCCUUUGCACCGGAGGCGAAUCCCUCCGAUCCCAACGCCUCCAAUCCGAGGCUGUACCGCACAUUGAGGGGCACGACGUUUGGUGGGUUCGAGAAUCUGCUCGUCAAAGCGGGCUGGAGUGCCGAUGGAGAGAAAGUUGUCGCGGGCGGCGCGGAUCGGACCUGCACGAUCUGGGACGUGGAGAGCUCGACGAUACUGUACAAGCUGCCAGGGCAUAGGGGCACGUGCACUGCGGCGGUGUUUCAUCCAAAGGAACCGGUGGUCGUGUCGUGUUCGACGGACAUGACGCUGCUGCUGGGCGAGAUCGAUCCGUAG